CUGAACCUGAACCUGAACCUGAACCUGGACCUGGACCUGGACCUGAACCUGAACCCAGCUGUGUGUCCAUGAAGUGUGUCCAGUCCAUGGAGACACCAAUACUAUAAAAAGGUGUCCUGUAAGGGAGAUUAAAAUGGAGAAAAGAGUGAGGGAGAUGAGAAUUGAAAAGGAGAGGAAGAAAGUGGACAUGGAGAGGAGGAGACUGAGGACCCAUCAGAGACCUGAUCCUGAAUCUGAACCUGGACCUGAACCCAGCUGUGUGUCCUUUAAGAGCGAUGGGUCAUAUCAAGGCUUCAUUAACUUUAAAGGAGAGCAAUCCUCUGCUGAAAAGAGGAUCCAUCAGAGACCAGACUCUGCUGGACCUGAACCCAGCUGUGUGUCCUUCCAGAGUGACUGGUCACAUGAUCGCCGCCUUGACUUUAAAGGUCAACAGCCCUCUGCAGAAAAGAGACUGACUUCAGAUCAGAAGAUGAGUGGUUUGGAGGAAGAGGAGGAUGGAGCAGAGUCUGUAGUAUCUGGCUGUCUGUCUAUGAAGAGUGACCGGUCCAAUGAUCAUCCUCCAGACUUCAGUAAUGAACCUGGACCCUCAGACACAAAAAAGAGGAAGAGGAGAGAUGUUUCUGAGGAGGAGCAGCCGUCCAGAUCCAGAACCAGAGCUGGACUGCAGACAGCCAAUCAGAGCAGCUCUGAACAAAUGAAUGUUGGUCGUCAGAAACAUAAGAUCAGGCUGAAGGGGACAUUUGAACGUGUGACUGAAGGAGCUGAAACAGGAAGUAGAACCCUCCUCAACAGGAUCUACACUCUCCUCUACCUCAUAGAGGGACAGAGUGAAGAGGUUAAUACCCAACAUGAGGUGAGGCAGCUCGAGUCAGCUUCCAAGAAGAAGACCCUCCAUGACUCUCCAAUCAAGUGCUGUGACAUCUUUAAAGCCUUACCUGACCAAAAGAAACACAUCAGAGUGGUUCUGACGAGCGGCGUCGCUGGCGUUGGAAAAACCUUCUCAGUGCAGAAGUUCUGUCUGACCGCCGGCGAGGGUUUGGAAAACCAAGAUAUCAGUCUGGUGAUUCCUCUUUCCUUCAGGGAGCUGAACUUGAUCAAAGAUGAGCAGUACAGUCUUCUGGAGCUGCUCCGUGUUUUCCAUCCAACAUUACAGGAGGUCCCAGCAGAGCAGCUCGCUGGCUCUAAACUUCUCUUCAUCUUUGAUGGCCUGGAUGAAAGCAGACUUUACCUGGGUUUCAAGAAGAGGAAGACUGUUUCUGAUGUCACACAGAAGUCAUCAGUCAAUGUGCUGUUGACAAACCUCAUCCAGGGGAAGCUGCUUCCCUUGGCUCUCGUCUGGAUAACUUCCCGACCUGCAGCAGCCAAUCAGAUCCCUCCUGCAUGUGUUGACAGGGUAACAGAAGUACAAGGCUUCACUGAUGCCCAGAAGGAGGAGUACUUCAGGAAGAGAGUCAGUGAUGACGAGCUGUCCAGCAGAAUCAUCUCCCACAUCAAGACCUCCAGGAGCCUCCACAUCAUGUGUCUGAUCCCAGUCUUCUGCUGGAUCACGGCUACAGUUCUGGACCACAUGUUGACUACAGACCAGAGAGGAGAGCAGCCCAAGACCCUGACUGACAUGUACUCACACUUCCUGCUGGUUCAGACAAAGAGGAAGAAGCUCAAGUAUGCUGAGGGACAUGAGACGAGUCCACAGGAGCUGACGGAGGCUGACAGGGAAGUUCUUCUGAAGCUGGGGAGGCUGGCGUUUGAACAGCUGGAGAAAGGAAACAUCAUGUUCUACCAAGAAGACCUGGAGCGCUGUGGUCUGGAUGUCACAGAGGCCUCGCUGUACUCAGGAGUUUGUUCAGAGAUCUUCAAAAGAGAGAGUGUGAUCUUCCAGAAAACUGUCUACUGCUUCGUUCAUCUGAGCGUUCAGGAGUUUCUGGCUGCAGUCUACCUGUUCCACUGUUACACCAACAGGAACACACAGGUACUCAAGGACUUCCUGGGAGAAGAUAAUCGUGUUCGUUGGGACAAUGAUCAUUACCCAUCCCUGGAUGACUUCCUGGAGACAGCCAUGGAGAAAUCCCUUGAAAGUGAAAAUGGCCACCUGGACCUGUUUGUCCGCUUCCUUCAUGGCCUCUCUCUGGAGUCCAACCAGAGACUCUUAGGAGGCCUGCUGGGUCAGACAGACAACAGUCCAGAAAUCAUCCAGAGAGCCAUCAACAACCUGAAGAAUAGGAACAGGUAUGAGAUCUCUCCUGACAGAAGCAUCAACAUCUUCCACUGUCUGACGGAGAUGAACGACCACUCAGUCCAUCAGGAGAUCCAAGAGUUCCUGAAGUCAGAGAACAGAUCAGAGAAGGAACUCUCUGUGAUCCACUGCUCAGCUCUGGCCUACAUGCUGCAGAUGUCAGAGGAGGUUCUGGAUGAGUUGGACCUGGAGAAGUACAACACAUCAGAGGAGGGACGACGGAGACUGAUUCCAGCUGUGAGGAACUGCAGAAAGGCUCGGAUUGUUAACUGUGCACUCUCUGAGACUGACUGUAAAGUUGUGGCCUCAGCUCUGAAGUCCAACCCCUCCCAUCUGAGAGAGCUGGACCUGAACAACCUGAAGGAUUCAGCAGAAGAGUGUCUCUGUGCUGGACUGCAGAGUCCAAACUGUAGACUGGAGACUCUGAGACUGAUUGGCUGUAAUCUGUCAGAGAGAAGCUGUGAAGCUCUGUCCUCAGUACUCAGCUCCCAGUCCUCUAGUCUGAGAGAGCUGGACCUGAGUAACAACAACCUACACGAUUCAGGAGGGAAGCUGAUCUCUGAUGGACUGAAGAGUCCACACUGCAGACUGGAGACUCUCAGUCUGUCAGGCUGUCUGAUCUCAGAGGAAGGCUGUUCUUCUCUGGUCUCAGCUCUGAGCUCCAACCCCUCCCAUCUGAGAGAGCUGGACCUGAGCUACAAUCAUCCAGGAGACUCAGGUGUGAAGCUACUGUCAGAGGGACUGGAGGAUCCUCUCUGGAGACUGGACACUCUCAGGGUGGAGCCUGCUGGAGUCAGAUGGUUGACACCAGGUCUGAGGAAGUAUUCCUGUGAACUCACACUGGACACAAACACAGUGAACAGAAACCUCAAACUGUCUGACAACAACAGGAAGGUGACAUUAGUGAAGGAGUAUCAGCCAUAUCCUGAUCAUCCAGAGAGGUUUGACUACUGGUGUCCUCAGCUGCUGUGUAGAGAUGGUCUGACUGGUCGCUGUUACUGGGAGGUAGAGAGGAGAGGAGGGGUUGAUAUAUCAGUGAGUUACAGAGGAAUCAGGAGGAGAGGAGACAGUGGUGACUGUGUGUUUGGAGGUAAUGUUCAGUCCUGGAGUCUGAUCUGCUCUGGUCGUGGUUACUAUGUCCAUCACAAUAACAGAGUAACAUCCAUCUCCUCCUCCUCUGCCUCUGGUAGAGUAGCAGUGUAUGUGGACUGUCCUGCUGGCUCUCUGUCCUUCUACACAGUCUCCUCUGACUCUCUGAUCCACAUCUACACCUUCAACACCACAUUCACUCAGACUCUCUAUCCUGGGUUUGGGUUCAGGUCCUGGUCUCCGGGUGACUCAGUGUCUCUGUGUCCUCUGUAGGACGGAGAGUCUCCUCCUGUUUGUCACUGCUGAUCAGUUGAGUCUGUACAGGAUCACACUAACAGA